ACAUGAAGAAUCUAAUCAUUUAUCCAUGAAAAAUAUAUAUACGUCGUGGUUUCUGAACAUCAAGGCCGCUCCCGCUAUUCUUGGGUUUACAUCUUUCAACACUUUCAACCAACGAUUUUAGGGAAAACAAACCACAUCAAACUUAUUUCCAUCAUCCGUUUGAUUAGAAAACUCCAUUACCCAAAUCCAAUCUCUUCUCGUCACCGUUACUGCUCCCACCCAUUGGUUAUUUCAUCACCACUACAAUCCUAUUGUUUUGAAUUGAUCCAAAAGAAAAUCUAAUUCCCAAAAGAAAAAACUUGGUAUGCAACGCCAUUUCUUCCCCCGUCCUUCUACUGCUUCUGUCUUCCAACACUAUCUGCGCCACUCCUCCGUAGCAUCCAAGCCUUCAUCCGCUGCUUUCUUGCGAUAUGCUCAGUUGACACGACCCAUCACCACCUCCAAAGCCGCCGCAUCAGCAUCAUCAUCAGCUGCAGGAGCAGUCGGCUCCUCCGCUCCACGAUCUAGAUUCCCUGUCAAGACCAUCUCUUUGAGCUUGGCUUUGACUUCUGCUUCGUUGGGUUAUCUGUACAGCCAACAAUCCAAGGGUCAUCGAUUCGGUGUGUCCACUGUUGAAGCCGAAGCGAGUGCUCCCAUUUCUGCUUUCAGUGUAUCGUCACCUUCCGCGACCAUGUCAGAACUGAUGGAUGACGAUAAUCGCGCAGCAUUGCAAGCCAAGUCGACGGAAGAACUCGUGUUGGCACUGUUUGUGUACAAGCUGUGCAGCUAUUCAUGGAUUGUCGAUGCUGCGCCCCACAUCAUCAAGUUGGCGGAAUCCUUGCAUCUCACCGAACCCGUCUAUUGGUUCGUCAAAAACACCUUUUUUCGCCAGUUUUGCGGCGGUGAAACUCCCGAAGAAUGUGUAGCAUCCAUGGAACGUCUGGCGCAAUCCGGUAUCAAUUGUAUCCUCGAUCUUAGCGUCGAAGCCGACUUGCACUUGGACGACGCUGAAGUCACUCCCCAGGAUGCCGAUGUUUCUCGCGGCAAAUACUGGCGCCAAGAACAGAAUGCCGACGUGAUUGUGGCUAUGAUCAAGAAUUGUUUACGUACCGCGGCUGAUGGUCAACAGGCCAAUUUAUCCAACGCGUGUGCGGCCAUCAAGGUGACUGCGUUUGCGCCUCCGGAACUUCUUUUGCGCAUCAAUCAAGUCUUGUACCGGUUGGAACAAUCCUUUGAAACACAUCAACGUCAGGGUAAAGUGAAUGUCAAUGCGGUGCGCGACGUGAUCCAUCAGGUGUUACCACCCUCCCUAACCGAAGCACAGCAAGCACAACGUGAGGCGCUGGUGGCCCGUUUACAAGAUACCAACGGUACACUGGAUCGCAUCGAAUUUUUCAAACUGUUUAACCUUCAAGGCCCUGGUCGCGACAUCUGGUGGGCCACUUCGGCCAACGAUGAAAAGAAAGCCCUGCUCACCAAAGACGAGCUCGCCGCUUACGAUCGCAUGGUGCAUCGUCUCAACGAAGUGUGCUCUCUCGCGCAUGAGAAGCACGUUGGCGUGAUGGUGGACGCUGAGCAAUCAUACUUCCAAGAAGCGAUUGAUCACGUUGCCAUGAACCUUCAAGCCAAAUUUAACCGUCGCGACGAUCAUAAGCAUGCACCCACGGUUUACAACACAUAUCAAAUGUAUACGAAGAUUGCUCAAGGAAAAUUGGAGCGCGAUGUUGAACUUGCCAAGCGUGAUAAUUUUACGUUUGCGGCUAAACUGGUCCGCGGUGCUUACAUGGUUUCGGAGCGCAAGCGUGCUACACAGAUGGGUUACCCGUCCCCCAUUCACGAUACGCUUGAGGAUACCCACGCCUCUUACAAUGGCGGCGUCCGAUUUUUGCUGGAAAAACUGCACGAACAUCAGGAAACUACGGGCGAAACGUUGACUUCGACCACCGCUCCCAUCGUGUUCAUGGUGGCCAGCCAUAACCGUGAUUCGGUGCUGUUGACUGUCGAGGAAAUGGAACGUCACAAUGUUCUUCCUCGUGCAGGCGUGGUUCACUUUGGUCAGUUGUUUGGUAUGCAAGACCAGAUUUCAUAUACCCUGGGCAAGAAUGGAUACUCCAUUUACAAGUACUUGCCGUACGGAAAGAUCGAUGAGGUGAUUCCCUACUUACUCCGCCGCGCUCAAGAAAAUUCCGCCGUCUUGGGAGCCGUGACCAAGGAACGUGCCUUGAUGGUCCAGGAAGUCAAGGAUCGUCUUUCGGGGGUUUCGCCUGGCAUUUCAAAUGCAUUCACACCUGCGUUACCCGCCUCAUCCCCCGUCGCAGCUGCCGCACCCGUCUAUGAUACAUCCGAAACCUCCGAUAUCUCCAUCACGAAUGUUACCGAGACUACCGCUUAAAGCACAUGAUUUCAAUUUCUCUACCUCCUUUUUUUUGUGCUAUUCUAAUCUAAUGCUUCUUUUUUUUUUGCAUACCAUAUUUUGUAUUCUCUUGUUUUCUUGAUUCGCUCUCCUUUUUGUAUCAUCAUACUCUUUUUUUAUCUUCUGCAAAUGAUUCUAGAAUGCUUGCAUAUUCUCUAUACAUAUUAUGAUCAUUCCCUCUUCACUAUAAAUAAAAUCAAGUAGAAGAGUAGUCAUUCCUUUCAACCUGAC